ACGACGCGCGAACUCUAAACGUUUCUUGGCUUGUGGAAGUUUGGAUGACGGACUUGGCUUCUCCAGGGGUUACUUGUGUCAUAUGCUUAGAGUCUAUUCGAUACCAAGGCAGUUUAAGCGUGUGUAGCCAUUCGUUUUGUUUUGAAUGCAUUCUCGAGUGGUCGAAAGUGGACAAUUCGUGUCCUUUAUGUAAAUCAAAGUUUAGAUGUGUAAGAAAGGUGGGGUUAUUUGCGGGGGCCUCACCUGUAAGCCGGGUAAGAGUGGCAGACAAAAUUCAGCGCGUGUGGUAUGAUGAUGACGAGGAGGAUGCAGCUGUUACUGAAGAAAACAGCCAGGCGUUAGACUCUCAAGAUUUUGACGGUUGGCUGACUACUCGACAGCAUGUUGAUGGGUACGACUUGAAUGACUCAUUUAUUGAUGAUACAGAUGCAACUGAGACGGUUACUCUGUGGUCUCUUCUAACUGCUGAAACUGAUCCUGAUUAUGACUGGAAGAAUGACAGACAAUCAAGACGCCGACGCCCACAGAGACAAACUACAAUCCGUUUGUAUGGUUCUAGAUCUCAGACAUUGACAGAUGAAGAGUCUAUUAGUGAACACCAAGCAGUUCAGCCAGUCAACUUUUAUGGAGAAAGAGGAGUCAACGAAGGCCAGGGGAGCCUUGAUAGACUCCACCAGAUACAUUCUACAAGAGAAACACGCUCUACAAGAGAAACACGCUCUACAAGAGAAACACGCUCUACAAGAGAAACAAACUCUACAAGAGAAACAAACUCUACAAGAGAAACAAACUUCACAAGACGAAUGGCAAGGGCUAGUUCACGGCGGAGACAAGCAGCAAGAAGCAGCAGAGAGUAUGCAACAGGUACAAGAAGAAAGAGAAAAUCUAACUCUUCACGAAGCAAAGGCAUAAAGCCCACAGUUGCAACCUUAUCUGAAAUGUCAGAAAGUGGAACGGAACUGAGGAGCUCAGGAAUGACUAGUAGUGGUUGUAUGGUGACAGCAAGAGAUGACAUUGAUAACAUAUUAGCCAGCGCAUCAAUGUCCAACAAGAAGUGCCGGUUUACUCAACUCGAUUCAAGUGAUAGUGAUUUUGAGCCUCUUACUUUGCGAAUCAAGAACAUAUCCAGCUCUCGUCAAGCAACCUCUGUAAGGACGACAAGAGAAGAUAGCAACAAACCUGAUACUACCACCCGCAGUCACGAAAACCUUGCAGAACAGCAAAGAUUCAGAGCAGAUCGCAAGAAUGUACCCAACACCAACACAUCUAAAUACCACAAUUCAAGUUUACUGGAAGCCUUGCAAGCUGCCUCUCCUCCACCAACACACCAAGCAUCUCUGUCUGCAUGGGCAGCAGCAGCUAGCAAUCCAUUUCACAUCAAUGCGAAUCAAGAACAGACACAAGAGGACACAACACCAUUUGUGUGGACUCCAAACACUGCAGCCAAGGUACGCAGAGUUUUCUUUGGACGUAACCACACGGUCUCUAGUCGUGAAGCGAGGCAGCCACUGGGAAGACUAACGACCAACACGCAGAUAACACACGAGAGUAUGUCGCCACAACAGACAACAUACAGCACGGUGACGUUGAAACGCGGCAGAGUACUAGUGAGUGACACAGACAGAGAAUCAGACUGAUGUAUG